AUGUCCACCAAAUCCAAAACAUCCCAGGCCGCGGCCCCCAACGACCAGCGACCUUCCAAACCAUCCGGAGGAGCGAAGAACGCAUACCUGAUGCUGUACAACGCCGUCUCCGCCGCGCUAUGGGCAGGCGUACUCUUCCAGACUGUUACUAUCGGUGCGAAUGAGGUGGUGAAUGCACAGAAGGCUGGGAAGUUCUUUGGUAAAGGCGAUUGGUUUACGGCCACGAAGAGGGGGUUGGGCAGUGGGAAGGUGUAUGGGAAUUUGGAGGGGUAUACGAGGGGGGUGCAGACGUUGGCGGGGAUGGAGGUGUUGCAUAGUCUUGUUGGCCUCGUCCGCGCCCCCCUCUUCACCACACUCAUGCAAGUCGCAUCCCGCUUCCUCCUCGUCCACCUCAUCGCGUCACCCCCCGCAUUCCCCCUCUCGACCCGCCACUCGCCCGCCUACAGCACCAUGCUGCUCGCCUGGAGUGUGACGGAAGUAAUCCGCUACUCCUACUUCGUCUUCUCGCUAUCGGGUGCCGGCGUCCCUAAACUGUGGACCUGGUUGCGAUACAACACGUUCUUGGUGCUCUACCCGCUCGGUAUCUCGAGUGAGUGCUGGUUGGUGUACCAGGCAAUCCCUUUGGCUAGUGAGAAAAACGAAUUGUAUGGAUACGCGCUUUGGGCUAUACUCGCCAUCUAUGUCCCAGGAAGUUAUAUUCUGUUCUCGCAUAUGUUGGCGCAGAGGAGGAAGAUUGCGAGGCAGAGUAGGGUGGCGUGA